AUGGGAGAAGAGGAGAUGGAGAACUGCUCCAUCAGUGCCUGGAAAUCUCUUGGUGGGAUUGAGAACAAAAGACCCACAGGGACCCACAGUCAGUCUGCACAUAUAUUGGAAGAGGAACAACCUUCAAAACCAUAUGUGGUCGCCCUCUUCAAAAAUGACCGUUUAUCAUGUGCAGGAACAUUGAUCAAAGAGACCUGGGUGUUAACAGCAGCCCACUGUUUUCCGAAUCCUUUAGGAACGAAAACAUUUUAUGAAUGUACUAAAAUCUUUUUUUACCCAGGAUUUAAUCCAAAAACAUUUGAAAAUGACAUUAUGCUUUUGAAGCUUCAUGUGAUGGAAACAAAGCUUAAAAUAAAAACCAUCCCACUUCCUGACCCUACCAGUGAUAUCAAAGCAGGAACUCCCUGCAUAGUAGCAGGAUGGGGAACUAUUAGUAACAGGAGGAGAUUUAAGAAACUUCAUGAAGUUAACGUCACCAUCUUUGACAGAAAUAUCUGCAAUGACAAGAAACAUUAUCAGUCUCAUCCUUUGGUGACCAUGAAGAUGCUGUGUGCUGGACAGAAGAAAAGUGGGAAGGAUUCCUGUGUGGGUGAUUCCGGUGGGCCUUUGAUAUGCAGUGGGAAACAAAGAGGCAUUCUCUCCUUUGUUAAAAAAUGUAGUAAUCCCCAAUACCCUGGCAUCUAUACUCAGCUUACACAGACCUAUACCUCUUGGAUAAAGACAAUCACAGAUGAACAUUCACACUGAUUGAAUGAUACUUGAGGAAUAUUUUCUUUUACCUUGCGACUGCUUGAUUGGCAAUUUUCCCACCUCUGUUCCUGCAUUAUAGCUUCCAUUUUUACAGAUGGAGAAGAGAAGUGAUGAUAUCUCACUCAAUGCUAGCUAUAUCAGCUAUAGACUCUAUACUGUAAAUGUUUCAGGCUGGUCCUGAAGCUCAGCCUCCCCAGACCAGUUUCAAUUUUCAGUCCAUCAGUACUAAGGUAGUCUUCUAU